CCGUUCCGAGCCUCCGGAGGCCGGCGCAGCUGCGUCAAGAUGGCGGCGGCGGUGGCGGCGGCGGCGGCGGCGGCGGCCGCAGCUGCAUCCCUUCAGGUGCUGGAGAUGGAGAGCAUGGAGACGGCCACCACUGGACCAGCAGGGCUGGCGGCCGAGGUCCGAGGCAGCGGCACCGUAGACUUCGGAUCCGGGCCCGGGAUCUCUGCCAUGGAAGCCGGCGGCGGCGACCCGGGCCCCGAGGCCGAGGAUUUCGAGUGCAGCUCCCACUGCUCCGAGCUCUCCUGGCGGCAGAACGAGCAGCGUCGCCAAGGCCUCUUCUGCGACAUCACCUUGUGCUUCGGCGGCGCCGGGGGUCGCGAGUUCCGGGCCCACCGCUCGGUGCUGGCCGCCGCCACCGAGUACUUCACGCCUUUGCUCUCGGGCCAGUUCUCCGAGUCCCGCUCGGGCCGGGUGGAGAUGCGUAAGUGGAGCUCGGAGCCGGGGCCCGAACCCGACACCGUGGAGGCCGUUAUCGAGUACAUGUACACCGGCCGCAUCCGGGUCAGCACUGGCAGCGUGCACGAGGUGCUGGAGCUGGCCGACAGAUUCCUGUUAAUUCGUUUGAAAGAAUUUUGUGGAGAAUUUCUCAAGAAAAAACUUCAUCUUUCAAAUUGUGUGGCCAUUCAUAGCUUAGCUCACAUGUACACCCUGAGCCAACUUGCUCUGAAAGCUGCCGAUAUGAUACGGAGGAAUUUCUACAAAGUCAUUCAGGAUGAGGAAUUUUAUACUUUACCAUUCCAUCUCAUUCGAGACUGGCUUUCUGACUUGGAAAUUACUGUUGAUUCAGAAGAGGUUCUCUUUGAAACAGUUUUGAAGUGGGUUCAGAGAAAUGCUGAAGAGCGAGAGAGAUACUUUGAAGAACUUUUUAAAUUGCUCAGGUUGUCCCAGAUGAAGCCUACCUACCUCACUCGGCAUGUCAAACCAGAGAGGCUGGUGGCCAGUAAUGAAGUUUGCGUCAAGCUGGUGGCUGAUGCAGUGGAGAGGCAUGCUCUGAGAGCUGAGAACAUACAAUCUGGCACAUUGCAACAUCCUGCUUCUCAUGUGUCAUUAUUACCCCGUUAUGGGCAAAACAUGGAUGUGAUCAUGGUUAUUGGAGGUGUGUCUGAAGGAGGAGACUAUUUGAGUGAAUGUGUGGGAUAUUUUGUUGAUGAGGAUAGAUGGGUAAACCUGCCCCAUAUUCAUAAUCAUCUUGAUGGGCAUGCUGUCGCAGUAACAGAAUCCUAUGUGUAUGUUGCCGGAUCAAUGGAACCAGGCUUUGCUAAGACUGUGGAAAGAUACAACCCAAAUUUGAACACAUGGGAACAUGUUUGUAGUCUGAUGACAAGAAAGCAUUCUUUUGGGCUAACAGAAGUCAAAGGCAAGCUAUAUAGCAUUGGAGGACAUGGCAACUUCAGUCCUGGCUUUAAAGAUGUGACUGUUUACAAUCCCGAACUUGAUAAAUGGCACAACUUGGAAUCUGCACCGAAGAUUCUUCGUGAUGUCAAAGCACUGGCCAUAGAAGACCGGUUUGUGUACAUUGCUGCCCGCACUCCUGUGGACCGGGACACUGAGGAUGGUUUAAAGGCUGUGAUUACAUGCUAUGAUACUGAGACUCGACAAUGGCGAGAUGUGGAAUCGUUGCCCCUUAUUGACAAUUACUGUUUUUUCCAGAUGUCUGUGGUCAACUCAAACUUUUAUCAAACUGCAUCGUGCUGUCCUAAGAGUUAUUCUUUAGAAAAUGAAGAGGCAGUAAAAAAAAUCACCAACCAUGUGUCUGAUGAGAUCCUUGAGAGCUUGCCUCCAGAAGUCCUAAGCAUUGAAGGGGCAGCCAUUUGCUAUUACAAAGAUGAUGUCUUUAUUAUUGGAGGCUGGAAAAACAGUGAUGAUAUUGACAAACAGUAUCGGAAAGAAGCCUACAGGUACUGUGCUGAGAGAAAGAGGUGGAUGCUCCUUCCUCCCAUGCCACAGCCUCGUUGUAGAGCCACCGCUUGUCACGUCAGGAUCCCAUACCGGUACUUGCAUGGCACACAAAGAUACCCUAUGCCUCAAAACCUAAUGUGGCAGAAGGACCGCAUUAGACAGAUGCAAGAAAUACAUCGGCACGCCCUGAACAUGCGGCGAGUACCAAGCUCACAGAUAGAAUGCUAAAUUCUCUAACACAUGCAGCUAAAAACUUCUCCCUGUGUCGUAUGACUGAAGAUACCCAGACUGUUAACUUGAAAAAGUAUGUUGGUAACUUAUUUUCUAGCUGGAUUGAUUGUUAGCCCAUGUAAAGGAAGGGUAGUUAAGAACUGAAGAAUGGGAAACUCAGUCCAAUACAUGGUAAUCUUUGUUGUUUUGCAA